CCCCAACGAAAAUGUGACGUUUCCCGUUCCGUUGAAUCGACACGCCGCAAGAAAUCGACUCCUGAAAUUCCUGCUCUGAACCCUUAGCUGAGCUAAACAGACAAACUAGAAGUGCUUUUUUGGGUAAUUCCUGACGAUUUAGGGAUGUACUGACGGACGGAGACGAUGAAGAUGAAAGUAUAGCAAUAAGAUGUGCCUGGCCUGCCGGAGGGCAGCAACAGAAGACAGUGAAACUACAGCGGAGGGCAGCAACAGAAAACCUUCUCAUGGCCUGCCAGUCUGUCUCCAUCAUCAACAUGGACGAGCAGGCCCUGCUGGGGCUCAACCCUAACGCAGAUGCCUGCUAUAGGCAGAAGGCGAUGGUGUAUUUUGAGCAGUUGAAGGAGUCCCAGGAUGCCUGGGAGGUGUGUGCAGAGGCCCUGGCUAAAGGCAUUUACAGUGACGACCAUGUGAAGUUCUUCUGUUUCCAAGUCCUGGAGCACCAGAUCAAGUACAGACAUGGAGGGCUCAGUCCUGCCCAGCAACAGCUGAUCAGAGAAACCCUGAUGAAGUGGCUGCAGGGUCAGUUAAUGAACUCCCAACCAGAGAAGCCGUUCAUCCGUAACAAGGCAGCCCAGGUGUUUGCUCUGACCUUCGUGAUGGAGUACCUGACCCACUGGCCCAAGUUCUUCUUCGACCUGCUGUCUCUAGUGGGCCUGAACCCACAUGGGGUCGACGUCUACCUCAGAACACUGAUGGCUAUCGACGCUGAGGUGGUGGACAGAGACAUCCUGCACUCCCCUGAGGAGGUUCGUAGGAACACAUUAAUAAAGGAUGGUAUGAGGGAGCAGGUCAUCCCCAGCCUGGUUGAGUCCUGGUACCAGAUCCUCGGGGCCUAUCAGCAGUCUCACCCUGAGAUCACCUGUCAAUGUCUGGAGGUAGUGGGGGCAUACGUCUCCUGGAUAGACCUCAACCUCAUCGCCAACGACAGGUUUGUGAACCUGCUGCUGAGUCAGAUGUCUGUGGAGGACCUGAGAGAGGAGGCGUGUGACUGUCUGUUUGAGAUUGUCAAUAAAGGAAUGGACCCGACAGACAAGACCAAGCUGGUCGAGUCCCUCUGUCAGGUCCUGCAGUCGGCUGGCUUCUUCAACGUGGACCAGGAGGAGGAUGUGGACUUCCUGGCUAAGUUCUCCAGACUGGUGAACGGGAUGGGCCAGUCUCUGGUACUGAGCUGGACCAAACUGGCCAAGGGGGGCGACGUGAAGGCAGCCGCCGAGGCGCUGCGUGCCCUCGAGACCAAGGUUCCUCUGCUCCUCCAGCUGCUGGUCCACGACGACGAUGACAUCUCAGCCAACAUCGUAGGCUUCUGCUACGACUACCUGAACGUACUCAAACAGGGGUCCGAGUGGCAGAGUCACAUGCCUCAGGUAGGGAGAGGAGGACAGGAGGCCAUUGAAGAGUACUGGGACUCAGACAAGUUUCCGCUGCUGACAGACCAACAGAAGACUCACGUUGAGGACAUCAUGUUGGCCGUCAUGAAGAAACUAACUUAUGAUGAAGAGUACAACUUUGACAACGAGGGGGAGGAUGAAGCGAUGUUUGUAGAGUACAGGAAACAGUUGAAGAUGCUGUUGGAUCGCCUGGCUCAGGUGUCUCCUGACCUGCUCCUGGAAGCUGUAGGCAGAGUCUUCAACAACACCAUACAGCGGUGGCAGACGGCGUCCUUCAUGGAGGUGGAGGUGGCCAUCAGGCUGCUGUACAUGCUAGGAGAGGCUCUGCCUGCGUCUCACGGGGCUCACUUCUCUGGUGACACGGCCAAGACCUCCGCCCUGCAGGAUAUGAUGAGAACGCUGGUCUCCUCUGGUCUCAGUGGUUACCAACACACGUCUGUGUCGCUGGAGUUCUUCGAGACGGUGGUUCGUUACGACAAGUUCUUCCUGGUUGAGCCGCAGCACAUUCCUAAUGUCCUGAUGUCCUUUCUGGACCAUCGGGGUCUGAGACACAGCAGUCCUAAGGUCCGUAGCAGAGUGGCCUACCUCUUCUCACGGUUCGUCAAGACACUGCAUAAACACAUGAACUCCUUCAUUGAAGACAUCCUGUCCAGGAUACAGGACCUGCUGGAGCUAGCACCUCCUGAGAACGGUUUCCCUGCGCUGCUGACCAGCGAUGACCAGCUGUUUAUAUUUGAGACGGCGGGGGUGUUGAUCGUCCACGGAGAGAGUCCCGCCGAGAGGAAGCAGGCUCUGAUGAGAUCCCUGCUGACCCCGUUGACCGACGCCUUCCGUCUGCUGCUGGCCAAACUGGCCUCUGAGAGGGAGGAGGAGAGGCAGGCUGCGCUGGCCGACUGUCUGAGUCACGCUGUUGGCUUCGCUAGUCGUACCAGUAAGGCGUUCAGCAACAAGCAGACAGUGAAGCAGUGUGGAUGUACUGAAGUCUACAGAGACUGUCUGCAGACCUUCCUGCCUGCACUGAGCUGUCCUGUCCAAAGGGGGUCUCUGCGUAGCGCUGUCCGCUCCUUCCUCCACCGCAUGAUCAUCUGUCUCGAGGAAGAGGUCCUGCCCUUCGUCCCUGCGGCAUCGGAACACAUGCUGAAGGACUGCGAGGCCAAGGACCUGCAGGAGUUCAUACCCCUCAUCAGUCAGAUCACCGCUAAGUUCAAGGUAACCAGGGACCUGCAGGAGUUCAUACCCCUCAUCAGUCAGAUCACCGCUAAGUUCAAGGACCAGGUGUCUCCGUUCCUGCAGCAGGUGUUCAUGCCUCUGGUCCUGGCCAUCUUUGAGGUGUUGUGUCGACCUGCUGAGGACAACGACCAGGCAGCAGCUCUGGAGAAACAAAUGUUACGUAGAAGCUACUUCACCUUCAUACAGACGAUAACCUCCAGUGGGAUGAACGAAGUCCUGGCCAACCAGGGUGUUGAGAACGUAGAGCGGGUUCUGUUCACCAUCAUCCAGGGAGCUGUCGACUUCCCCGACCCCAUCGCCCAGAAGACCUGCUUCAUCAUCUUGUCCAAGCUGGUGGAACUCUGGGGAGGUAAAGACGGUAUGGCUGGUUUCCCAGACUUCAUCUAUAAACACAUCGUCCCAGCAUGCUUCCUGGCUCCUCUCAAACCAUCCUUUGAUCUCACAGACGCUCAGACCGUCCUGACGUUGUCAGAGUGUGCUCUGACGUUGAAAAUGAUUCAUCUCAGAAGGGGUCCGGAGUUUAUCCAGUACCUUCAACAGGAGUACCUCCCUUCUCUACAGGUGUCACCUGACAUCACACAGGAAGUGUGUCAAGUGCUUCAGCAGCCAGACGCCAAGGUCCUCAAAAACUACAUGAAGGCUUUCUUUCAGCGAGCCAAACUGUAAAUACGAACCGAGCUGGAAGGAUUGAGAGAGGACACUGGAAACUAAGAGAAGACUGGUAGUGAGAUAGUACUACGGACAGCCGGACAGAGAGAGAGACGGACAGAGAGAGAGACGGACGGAGAGAGAUCUUAAAGACGGAGAGAGAUCUUAAAGACGGAGAGAGAUCUUAAAGACGGAGAGAGAUCUUAAAGACGGAGAGAGAUCUUAAAGACGGAGAGCUUAGCAAAGGAGCGGCCUUAGCACUUCUGAAGGUAACUGCAUAACCCCGCCCAUCCUGUCCACGUGGGAGGGAACGGAGCCAAGACACAACGACACGAGUGGUCAAGGAGGCUUUCACUGGGAUGACCACACCCCCCUCCACUGAUCCAGGCCCAAUCAAGGACGUGCUCUCCAUCUGGGGUAAUACCCUGGUCAAGUGAAGAUGUGAUUGGUUGGAUUCUCUGCAAGACAGGAAGUAAACUAGAGUAUAGAGGAAGGCUUAUGGAACGAGGCUUCCAUAGUAGAAUACCAAGUAUCCUUGAACAGGCCUGAGGCCUCAUCUGUCUGUUGGUAAUGAUCCAACAAUGACCUGAACACAAUCUAACGAUUAGGAUUUAUUUGUUUAUAAACAUGUAUUUUUUUUCAAGAUGUCUUUCAUUUGAGUGGUUGAACGUGGAGGUUUUGUUUCUCUUUGCCCUGUCAAUGAGUUGAUGGACUAAAUAAAAGGGCUGGCUUGACAGAUUUUUCUAGAUUUUUCCUGUUGUGGAAGAAAUGGGAUGGUUGGGGUAGGAUGUGUUUUAGUUUGACGUGAACUCUGUAAUGGUGGAGGACAGACAGGACAGACCUCUGGUUUAUUCUGCAUUUACUUUACCUUCUGUUCCAGUUGUCAGGUACCCCUGUCCCUCAGAACGUUGUCAGGUACCCCUGUCCCUCAGAACGUUGUCAGGUACCCCUGUCCCUCAGAACGUUGUCAGGUUGUCCCUCAGAACGUUGUCAGGUACCCCUGUCCCUCAGAACGUUGUCAGGUUGUCCCUCAGAACGUUGUCAGGUACCCCUGUCCCUCAGAACGUUGUCAGGUACCCCUGUCCCUCAGAACGUUGUCAGGUUGUCCCUCAGAACGUUGUCCCUCAGAACGUUGUCAGGUGCCCCUGUCCCUCAGAACAUUGUCAGGUACCCCUGUCCCUCAGAACGUCAGGUACCCCUGCCCCUCAGAACAUUGUCAGGUACCCCUGCCCCUCAGAACAUUGUCAGGAUGCCCUGAACGUCAGGGCCUCUAUUCAUGGUGUUUCGGUAGGAGUGCUGAUGGAGGAUGUUAUAAGAGGUCGGACUAGAUCAGAUAUUCUUUAUGAACUCAAGCCCUGAACAAGGUUCUCCUCUACCCCCAGUCCCCUCAGACAGAAUAGGACCUGCCCUGAACAAGGUUCUCUUCUACCCUCAGUCCCCUCAGACAGAAUAGGACCUGCCCUGAACAAGGUUCUCCUCUACCCCCAGUCCCCUCAGACAGAAUAGGACCUGCCCUGAACGAGGUUCUCCUCUACCCUCAGUCCCCUCAGAAAGAAUUGGACCUGCCCUGAAUGAGGUUCUCUACCCCCAGUCCCCUCAGACAGAAUAGGACCUGCCCUGAACGAGGUUCUCCUCUACCCCCAGUCCCCUCAGAAAGAAUAGGACCUGCCCUGAACGAGGUUCUCCUCUACCCCCAGUCCCCUCAGAAAGACUAGGACCUGCCCUGAACGAGGUUCUCCUCUACCCUCAGUCCCCUCAGAAAGACUAGGACCUGCCCUGAACGAGGUUCUCCUCUACCCUCAGUCCCCUCAGAAAGAAUAGGACCUGCCCUGAACGAGGUUCUCCUCUACCCCCAGUCCCCUCAGAAAGAAUAGGACCUGCCCUGAACGAGGUUCUCCUCUACCCCUGUCCCCUCAGAAAGAAUAGGACCUGCCCUGAAUGAGGUUCUCCUCUACCCCAGUCCCCUCAGAAAGAAUAGGACCUGCCCUGAACGAGGUUCUCCUCUACCCCCAGUCCCCUCAGACAGAAUAGGACCUGCCCUGAAUGAGGUUCUCCUCUACCCCCAGUCCCCUCAGAAAGACUAGGACCUGCCCUGAACGAGGUUCUCCUCUACCCUCAGUCCCCUCAGAAAGACUAGGACCUGCCCUGAACGAGGUUCUCCUCUACCCUCAGUCCCCUCAGAAAGACUAGGACCUGCCCUGAACGAGGUUCUCCUCUACCCUCAGUCCCCUCAGAAAGAAUAGGACCUGCCCUGAACGAGGUUCUCCUCUACCCUCUGUCCCCUCAGAAAGAAUAGGACCUGCCCUGAACGAGGUUCUCCUCUACCCCCAGUCCCCUCAGAAAGAAUAGGACCUGCCCUGAACGAGGUUCUCCUCUACCCCCAGUCCCCUCAGACAGAAUAGGACCUGCCCUGAAUAAGGUUCUCCUCUACCCCCUGUCCCCUCAGAAAGAAUAGGACCUGCCCUGAACGAGGUUCUCCUCUACCCCCAGUCCCCUCAGAAAGAAUAGGACCUGCCCUGAACGAGGUUCUCCUCUACCCCCUCAGACAGAAUAGGACCUGCCCUGAAUAAGGUUCUCCUCUCUCAGCCCUCAGACAGAAUAGGACCUGCCCUGAACGAGGUUCUCCUCUACCCCCAGUCCCCUCAGAAAGACUAGGACCUGCCCUGAACGAGGUUCUCCUCUACCCUCAGUCCCCUCA